CCUUCGGACGCCGCCGCUGUGGGAAUCGCGCCCUCUGUGAGCGCGCCGAGCGCCGCCAAGCUGCGUCAGUCCGUGCACGCACACGCGAUGCGAGAGUGCUCGGUGCACCGCACCGUCAUCGCCUCCGUCGCCUCCGGCGUGUACGUCGACUCGCUCCUUCGCCUCGCCCUCUCUGCGCGCCACCACUCUGGCUUUGGCUGCGUCGUGACUCAGGCGUAUGACAUCGAGCACAUCGAGCAGUUUCACCAGCAGCAGCAGGCACUUGCAAAGGCUGCGCCGGCAGGGAACAGCACCAUGGGGCUGCUCCACAUCCUGCCGCCGCCGGAUCCGCCGCUGCUCCCCGAGGCCGAGUUUUGCGGCCACCAGAACUCUCUUUACGGCUGGCGGCGGACGCACCUGCACAAGAUGCUGAUGCUGCGGCGCGUGCUGGAGGCGGGGCUGUCGCUGCUGUCGCUCGACGCCAACUAUCUCCUCGAGGCCGACCUGAUGCCGUUUGUGCGCUCCCUCAACUCCCACACGAGCGUGGAUGUUGUCGGCGUCCACGACGGCAAGGCCAACAAGAUGCUGAACAUCGGGCUGAUGUGGAUGCGAGCAACCCACAGGAUGGCGGCGCUCGCGCGGAGAGCCGAGAACCGGACGCGCGCUGGCUGGGACCAAUACAUCUUUACCGAAGAGCUUAACUUCAACACCGCAUUCUACGGCGUCGGCUGCUGCCACUCGCCAUGCCUACUGGGGUUGCUGCACUCGCAGGGCGACGCAGUGCAAAAGACGAGCAAGAGCGCGGCGGUGAGGCGAGCGGCGGAGGGCGGCGAUGUGUGCAUGCGCGGCCACUACACCAGCGCGCCGCCGCCGGCGGGCUCGCGCUUUUACCGCAACACGAGCUGGAACCCCCACGCAUACAACCCACCGGCCAAGCUCAACUAUCGCAAGAUGGGGCGCUGCACGUCGGUCGAUAACAACGUCAAGUGCGAGGCGCGCAUCGGACUCGACCAGGCGCGGGUAUGCGGGCACCUUACGCCUCGACAAAGUCCGUCCUCGUUCAUUGAACGAGGACGACCAUAG